GCGAAUUGCGAAAACCCCAAGACAGCGAGAGAGAGAGAGAGAGGCCACAAGAAGAAGUGAACCACUAAACAAUAUUAUAUAUAUAUAUAUAUAUGUAUGUAUGCUAUACAGUAUAAUUUAAGUGGAGAGGAGAGGCAGUUUUUAGAUGCAGAGUGAGAGUCAGUGUCCAAAUCGGCUGUUCUCUCUGUUUUUCGGUCCGAGGAAGAGAGUAGGUUAGAGAGAGAAAGUAGAGAGACUCAGAUGAUGUCGGACCUAGACAGGCAAAUAGAGCAGCUGAAGAAGUGCGAGCCUUUGAAGGAGUCCGAGGUCAAGGCUCUUUGCCUCAAAGCCAUGGAAAUCCUCGUUGAAGAGAGCAACGUUCAAAGGGUCGACGCACCAGUCACUAUAUGUGGUGAUAUCCAUGGGCAGUUUUAUGACAUGAAAGAGCUUUUCAAAGUAGGAGGUGAUUGUCCAAAGACUAACUACUUGUUUCUUGGAGAUUUUGUUGACAGAGGAUUUUACUCUGUCGAGACAUUUCUGCUUCUACUAGCUCUGAAGGUAAGAUACCCAGAUCGGAUAACACUCAUUAGGGGGAACCAUGAGAGCCGCCAGAUCACGCAGGUAUACGGAUUCUAUGAUGAGUGCCUACGUAAGUAUGGCUCUGUAAACGUUUGGAGAUAUUGCACUGAUAUAUUCGAUUACUUGAGUCUAUCGGCUCUCAUUGAGAACAAGAUAUUUUCUGUUCAUGGUGGUCUCUCUCCUGCCAUUUCCACAUUGGACCAGAUUCGAACAAUUGAUCGAAAGCAAGAAGUACCCCACGAUGGUGCCAUGUGUGACCUCCUAUGGUCAGAUCCAGAAGAUAUUGUUGAUGGUUGGGGGUUGAGUCCUCGUGGUGCUGGGUUUCUAUUUGGGGGCAGUGUUGUCACUUCUUUUAACCACUCGAAUAACAUCGAUUAUAUAUGUCGUGCCCAUCAGUUGGUAAUGGAAGGUUAUAAAUGGAUGUUCAAUAACCAGAUAGUUACCGUCUGGUCGGCUCCAAAUUACUGUUACAGAUGCGGUAAUGUAGCUGCAAUUCUUGAGCUUGAUGAGAAUCUUAAUAAGCAGUUUCGCGUGUUUGAAGCAGCACCACAGGAAUCAAGAGGGGCUCCUGCCAAAAAACCGGCACCAGAUUAUUUUCUAUGACAUUGGAUACAUGAAGCUUUUAACUUUAAACAUCCAUUGUGCUCAAUUUGGUGAGCAAGAUGAUUAUAUGGUGGCAUGGUGAAAAGAUUAUGUCGUGCAAGAUGCAAGGGAUUGAUGGCUAGACUUCUCAAUGAUUGGAUCCUCGGGUGGCCACCAGGAAUGUUGUUAUUGAGUUAUUUAUAUCAGUUUGGAUUGAUGGGUUGCAUUUUUCCUUUCAUCCCCACUUAUUCAAUGUUUUGAUAUCUGUCAUUUGUAAGAAUAGCAUGUUAUGUGCCGGUGAGUUAUUGAUAUAGACAAGGAUUCAUAUAUUCUUCACUCCCUUGGGGGAGUAGGAGUCACAAAAAAUGAAAUUUAGGAUGUUGAAUAGAGAGGACCUUUGAUGGCAAUAUCUGUGAAAUACUUGCAUAUCAAAUGGUCAGUUUGAGGACGUGUUUUUAUAUGCUCAUCUUCUUUUAUUUGCUUUGUGUUGAACGAAAUUUGUCUUUGGGAAAGGCUGAUGCGUGGUGUGGUCGAGGACCCAUCAGCCUUCAUGUCAGUUCCAACAAACAGAGAUUCACUAUAAUGAAGGAAGAUUGUGAUGUCA